GCCGCGCGUCUUCGCCACGCACGCACACACCCACCCGCACAUACACGCACACACACACGCACACGCACACUGCCACGCGCCCUGCCGACACCGCGCCAACCCCUAGCCGCGACCGCUUCGACUACGAGCUCUCGCAGGCCCACAUGUACUCCGCGUCCCCGCACUCCAGCCGCUCCGGGUCUCUUCUGCUGGCCGACGAGGAUGUCGAGCCUCCGCGCCGAAUAUGGCGGCGCAGCGCCAGUUGCCGCAACCUGCGCGACUUCAGCUUCGACGAGGCCGGGCGGGCGAAGCGGCGCGCCGACACGCGCAGUCUGCUCGCCGGCCUGCACACCGGCUCCACGCGUCGCAUCGACUCCCCCAUCACGCGUUACGACGACGCGCGCACGCUCGCCUUCAUCCUCGCCGAGCGCGGCUCCAUCGAGUCCCAGAGAGAGCUCAUCGGUCGCACCUACUCGUCCAGUUUCCCCGGCGCCAUCAGCGAGCCGCGUCUCGACCUGCCUACGUUCAUACGCAGCGGCUCGCAGGACGAUAUCUCUCACGACAGUUACGAGCUCAUCGAACGUUCCGAUGACGAAUACUCUGAGCAUCCGAAGUACGCCCGCGUGCGUACGCGUUCCUCCGCGGUACAUACGCGCUCGUGCUCGCUCGACUCCGGUAACGACUUGCCUUCCGAUGACGACCAGUCUCUUUCCCAUCUUUCUGAGUGCGACGCUCAGGAACAGGUUAAUAUUGCCAGUCUGAAAUAUAAAAGCGACAAUGACAUACCUUUAGAUCCGUUUCUUAUCGACGAUCCGCGUAUACUUCCACGUGAAAAGUUGUCCGUUAGGUCGGAUGGCAGUUUUUAUAAGGAAAUCAAACGUGCGCUCGGUUCUCGAACUUCAAGCCAGGAGUCGAAAAGUGAUAUUUACGAAAAAAUUUCAAAAAGUAGUGCUGAGUCCAGCAAAAAAUCUCGUGACAGCGUUUAUCAUACCGAUAGUAAGAAAUCGCGAGAAACACUGAAGAGCAAAAGCUCCGACAGGUCCGGUUCUAGAACUUCUAGUCAGGAUUCUAAGUCUGAUUAUUACGAUUGCAAAAAGAAUAUCUACGAGUCCGAGGACCUCAAUCUCCGACGCAGGAGCAUAACCAGCAUCCAGAACGCUUACAUUGAUCCAUUUGAACCGAUUUCGCCAUCUUCUAGUCCCGAUUCGGGAAAAGAUUUCUAUGAUGCACAACCGACUUUCAUUGGUAUGGAAAAACCAGAAUAUAGAGAAAAAACCAUUUUUGACAAGUCCCAUGAAGAUUUAAUCGCUAAUCUUGCAAAUUCACCUAACUUUUAUCACAUUCCUACUCCAUAUUCCACAUUUCCGAGUAAUAAUAAACACAAAGAACCAAGUCCUAUGCAUUCAGCUAGUUUGCAAAAUGUAGAAUUAGACCAAUACGCUCAGUAUUCGGAUGUUAGUCCACCAAAGAAAUCUGACGAAUUAUCUACAGAGGAGGAAGAAAUGCAUGCACAUGUUACGCAUAUUUGGCCAGAAAAAAUAGCAGGCCUAGAAACUGAGAUCGAUAACAGAGCUGCUAAAAUACAUAGUUAUCAGCGACGCAGGUCUUCGGACACUGUGUUUAGCUUUGAUAAAGAAAAGAUUGAAUCUUUGACGCGUUCUAUUAGUAAAGAAAAUAAUACGUCUCAUCUCGUGAAGGAAUCUUCUAAUGAGUCAGAUGUAAACGUUCGCGUAUUGCCAGCUAUGGAUAGCAUUGAGUAUGCAAAAAAUAAAGCCAAAGCAUCGGCAAUGCAAUCUGGCACGUCGACGAUACUACAGUCAGAGUUCGAUAAGAAUAUGCGGGGCAAAGUGCAUACACAUCUUAUUAGGAAAGAAAAUUUAAAAGAAGAACUAAUGGCUAAAACACACUUUGAUGAAUAUAAUCCUAAAUUAAUUUUGGAGACUAGCUCUAGCAGUCGUUUAGCUGACACUGCAGCACCAUACAUUCAUCCGACAGUUGAAAGAACCAAAAGUGAUCCGAACAGUUUAGCCAAUAGACCACGGUUUAGCAGUGUUAACUCGCGUCGACAUGUUUUGAUGCAUCAAAAAUCUAUUGACCUGACUCCUGCUGAGUCUAGUGAUGAAGAUUACAUAUUCCGUCAAAUACCUAGUGCGCCACCGAUUGCAACAAAACGAUCGCACUUUGAGUUACCAUCGGUACAUCCCGAUCAUGUGCGUUCUCCCUUUGACUUACCUAAGAAUUAUUUUAAAGAGUUCGAUGCUUUCAAAGCGGGCUUUAAUGAUAAUAAAAAACUUGACGAUGGUUAUGAUAUUCCAUAUGUUUUACAUAAACGACAUGUAAUGAACGGAACAGCUCCUUCUCCAUUAAUAGAGAAGAGACAGCCCCCGGAUAUAAUAACCUUGCCUCCACAAAACGGACGGCAUGUCGUCACUGCACAUCCCAGAUGUAAAUAUCAUGAUCAUCCUAAAUCACCUAGAUCACCUAAAUCGCCCAAGUCACCAAAAUCACCUAAAUCACCCAAAUCACCGAAAUCACCCAAGUCCCCAAAAUCUCCAAAAUCUCCGAAAUCACCAAGAACUAGCAUCCAAGCUGAACAUAGUUCGAAGUUCUUGGAAGUUGAAAAUAGGGAUUUCUUAUUUACGCAAAAUAUUGAUUUAUCCAAAAUAGAUCCUAUUACUUUAGAAGUUGAUAAGAGCGGUCAGUUAAAACAUGUGCCAAGUCCGAAACGCGAUAUAAGUAAAAAAUUAGACCCUGUUUUACUCGAAACAUUAAAUUCAAAACUAAGCCAAAUCGAAAGUGACUCUGCGACAAGUUCCAAAACAGAUAGUAUAAGACAGGAAGCACAAUUUUCACAUGACAUUAAGUUUGCGAUAAACGGACGAAAUGUACAACAGCCCCCAAUAUGUAAAGAUCCGAAGCCAUUGACAGCAGCAGAAAAAUUACGAGCAGAUAUUAAGUCAAAAUCUGAGAAAAUACCACCAAAAAGAGUAACAAAAGGGCGUGGUACUGGAAAAAAGGGAGUUGGAGGUAAAAUUAAACCGAAAAAUAACAACAAAAUAAGGAUCACAUCAUUCUCUUCUGAUGAUGAAAGUGUCGAUUCAGAUGAUGUUUUUGGAACAACCGAGGCUGCUCCAAAGUUAGAGUUCUCACCACCACAAUCGCGUAAAGAAUUAGAGCCUAUUUUGCAACUCGAAUACGACAAAAUAACAUCAGGUGCAUGGCAUAGAGGUCAAACUAUGAGCUCAACUGAAAUCGAAGGCUCUCCACCUCAAUGCCGUAAACUUGCAGAACUUGAAGCAAAAUAUCAUCCACAAAUUUUGGACAGUACUAGUGGUAACGCUACAGAAUUGAGACGCAUUUCUGAACGUUCUAUUUCUAUACCUAGUUCCGAGGACGAUGUUGGGAUAAAAGCACCAGAAGUCAAACAAUUAAGUAAGGAAAGUUCUACUUGGGAGUAUAAUGAAAACAUCCCUUCACCGAUAUUGGAGAGCACUGAAUUUCUAAAAUCAGAUGAUGAACAUUUAGCGGAUAUGGAAAUACAAAAAGUAACUGGUAUUCGAACACAGUCCGAGGAAAAGUGCGAUAUUAGUCAACCUGAUAAGAAAGAUUUUACCAAAUUGGACGUAAAGAAAAGUUUACGUGAUGAACUAAUAUCACCUAUGUUACGCAAAACUGGAGGCACCCCGAUUCUUUUUGCCCAUGCAAGGUUAAAUUUAUCAGAAGGUUCUGUCUUUUCACUGCAACGUCAAAAGGCAACGCAAGACUCGCCAACUGCUAGUAGGCGGGCUAAAAGUUUAGACACACCUGUUAUACAAUUGCACAGGCUUCCACCAAUGAAUGCGUUUUCGUCUAAAGAUGAUACGGUAGAAGAUGAAAAUGAGGAAGGGAUCGUAAUGGAAGAAAAACCACUUACAGAUGAUAAGAUAAAAAGUAGUGUUAAAAAGGAUACAAUCGAAAAAAUUGAAGAAGUAGAAGAGGAACAAUCAGCUGAAACACCCCCUGAAGUCAAAUCUGUCUUAAUUGAUAAUGAGGAAUUAAAACUUUUAGAAGAUCUUGUUGAGCAAAGACGUCCAAGAUCUUUUAAACGACGAUAUGACCUGACAAAGAUAAAAUCUCAGGCUAAAUCUCCCUCUCGAUCGCCUAUUAACAGGUCUCCAUUAUCUCGCUCGCCAAUCUCCAAGUCACCAUCUAGGUCACCAACUUCGUCUCUUAAUUCUCCAAGAGGAAGUAUUAGAAAGCUGUCAGAUUUAAGUGAAGACCAAAUUGUGCCAGAUAUUGAAAGAAUUAAACGAAAAGAUAAGAAGAAACUAACUUUAAAGACGAGACCAGAAGAUAAACAGAAAUUAAGCAGUAAACUUAAUAAAUGUGGAUCACUUGAUACAAAUGCAACUAAAGUGAAAGCUCUGCAAACACAAAAGUCUUUGCCAUCAUCGCUUAAAGAAAGACCAGAUUUCUUGACUGUACCUCCCUUAGAUAUUACACGAGCUAAAAGUCAAGAACUCGAUCAAAUUACGAAAAAAGUGUCUAAAGAGAAAUCGAAAUCGCUUGAGAGAAUGGAAGUCAAACGUAGUAGCAGUAAAGAAAAAGAACGAACCAAAUCACAAGAAGAGAGCGACUCUGAAAUUGCCAAACGUAAAGAAAAACAACAGAUGUUAUUCGAAGCUGCUUUGAAGCAAACGAAAACUCUUAUAAGUCCUGUUAAAGAUACAAUGCCACCAUUCCCGCCACCAGAAGAUAAAAUAUUGGUCAAAACUGAAGGAGAUAAAAUUAUUAUUGAGACAAAAAUUAGCAGCAAAGCUGAAGAUCAUGUUUUUAUCGCCAAGUCGCCCAAAAAGCUUGAUAAUAAAUUAGGAGGCAAAAUAAGUAGGAGUUUUGAAGAUCAGAAAACAACGAAAGGCAGCAACAAUAAAUUAAACAAAAGCAUGGAUGAUAAGUCGAGUCAAUCUUUAGAAGACAAAUUUGAUGACCUCGCAGCUCUUCAAAAAUCACCUAAGACUUUAUCGAAGAAGCAAGAAAUAAAACAACUGAUUGAGGGCAAAGUGGUAUAUCAAAAAUCUCACUCUAGUGUGAAAUCAAAAAGCUUAGAUCGUAAAGAAGAAGCCCAUCUAGAAGCUAAGAUUAAAUCGAAAAGCUUAGACAGAAAUUACGUGACCCCACCAUCAGCAAUAUUGGAAGAUGGUUCAGAUAAAAAAUUUAAACAAGAAAUAGUAACUGUUGAUGUUCAUUCUAAUAUCAAGGAUGAAUCAGAAACAAGUACUAAGGAGCAAGAAAUUAAAGAAAUUUCUCCUUCUCACAGUUAUAAAGAAAAAACCGAAGACGACUCAUCAAUGGAAUGGAUGACGAAUUCGCAACAUACCAUUAUAGAAAAUGACACUCAGACUAUAAUAAUGGAGCGGAGAAAAAUAGAUAUUUAUAAUAAACAAAGACAAUCUGAAAUUCAAGAGAGUAAAAGCAACCAAGAUGUUCAUAGUUUGCUAGAUGAGAAAAAACACGAAGUAAAGCGUUUGACCAGUGAAGAGGAAUCGCUGACAGAAGUGAGUGAAUUAAAAGCAUCAGAUGAAAGUAAUAUGUUAGGUCUUUCUUUACCAUACAUUGAUGCCGACAGUUCGUCAGACCAAGAUCAAGUUUCGAAAAAGGAAAGUAAGACAAAAUUGCAUCGUGGUAGAAGUGAUGACACUGGAUCAUGGAUCACGGUUGAUUAUGAGGAGUAUACUGCAGAUACAGAUCUCCCGCUCUCUGAUACAAGUAAUAGAACUAGUAAAAGUAAGAAAACUUUAGAUGCACAAAGUACAUUUGAAGAGUCAUCUGCUAGUCUAGUAGAAUUUUUGAAACACGAGUCUAUGUCGCAAAUAUUUUCAGAAUCUGAAAACGACCGGGACUUUAAGAUAAAGAAGGAGUCGUCGAAAUCUAUGGAUUUAAAUCUAAAGUUUAAAAAUAAAAACAAAAUAAUUGUAACUCCACCUCAAGAGAACAGUCCUACUAUAGAAAAUUUACCGUUUAUUGACGCUAGCACUUCUAGAUCUAUUCAAAAGUCAGAAUCAGGCGAACAAACUGGUAGCUCGGGCAGUGCAAAUGACAUUUCACCAACUGAACAUAAAAACGAUCAAAAAACACUAUUAUCCGCUAGGUCUCGACGUAGUGAACUACUUAAGUUAAGCGCUGAGAGAUCGAGAAGUUCUGAAUCUACUUCUUGGACAAGUAUUGAAAAAGAUGUGAGCCCAUCAAGUGCUAAUAUUAAAGGAAGCUCGAUUGACGAUGAAUCAAGUGUCAGUUGUUCGAUUGCUAGACCUUUAGGUAUUUCACAAGAUAUCGAAAAGUUAAACAAGAAGGAUCGAGAGUGCCUCGAAGAACUAAAGCAAGCCAUGGAAUACGGAGAAGAGCAUCUAGUUUCUCAUCACACAUUAUCUAGUGAACAUUCCAAGUCUAAUUCAAAAUCUCCUUCCCCAAUUCCGGAGUUAGGGCGCAUAGAGAGCCCACGCAGUCCAUCUAAAUUAGGCACGAGAAAAUCGCCUACACCUACUCUGGAAAAACAAGGUCCAGUAGACUCGCUUAAAGGUCCUACAGAUUCUGAAUCAAGCUCUGAAAGUAUUGAUCGCACAGUAGAACAGUUGUCUAAACCAAAUAUACGAAAGAGUGGCUUAGAAAAAAUAGGAAAAUGUGUUAUUGAAGAAUCAGAGUCUAGUCAUUCAGCAGCUUCUAAAGCUUCAGAUAUACGAAAAGAUCUCGAAAAAACGGUCAAGAAAACAAAAAUAGCCAUUACUAUAUCGCAAGAAGAUCAAAAUACUACAAUCGAUUUCGACGAUGAUGGUAAUGUAAUAACGUCUUCAUUUGAAAGAGAUUUGAUGAAGAAACGAGCUUUGAAAGAUACUGACCAAAAGAGCUCUUCUAAAUCAAGUAUCGAUACCACAACAACUACUACACCGUCAAAAGGAUCCCUUAGUGUAGAUGAUUCGUCAUCGAGAAGAAAAAUACGUCUUGACGAACAAAAGAGUUCGUCUAAAUCUAGCAUGGAUUCGAGAGGGUCACUGAGUGUUGAGUCUAGAGGCUCAUUUGAAACUACAGAGUCUACUUCUGGAUCCUUAGGAGAAGCUUAUCGUCGUGGAGAAGAGCUUAAACCGACUUGGAGACCCUUUUUUGGCGCAUCUGGUAGUGAAAACAGUACUAGUAUUGAGGAAGCUUGGAUCCCUCAAGAUCAUGAAGGCUAUGAGAGCCUUACGGUGAAUAAGGACGUAUUUGAGUACAAUAAUCAGAGACUUCUUGAUGACUUUCAAACAUUUUCUAAAAAUCCACCAUUAUCCGCAAACACAUCCAAAGAUUCCACAGAAGCUGACUUUACGGACGACCUAAAUGAUUUUCCCGUUAAUUUCUUAUAUCCAGCAACAUCUUCAUCAUCUACAGAUGUAGUCAUAGGGUAUGGUCAAAAUUUUGGCCGUACAUUGUCUCGUAUUUCGGAACGAAGCACUGCAUCUGAAAAAACAAGCGCAGAUGAAGAUUCGACAAAAGCCUGCUCUCGAUCUGAAAGUAUAAACGAAGAGUCAUUAAAUUCUAGUGACCAUCAAGCUAGUCUCAGUUCAGAUCCACCAAGCAAUGCUAACGUCGCGUAUGCUUCAGAUACCGACCGUAGAACGUCAGCCGAAAUGCCUGAUAUACCUAUUGAUCAAACUAAAAUAAGUGAAAUGUAUUCUGAAUCCAAGAAAGAAGCUGAUAAAGCAAGUAAGAAGGUUGAAGGAUCUCAUGAAACUAAAAAGCCUUCCGAUGACAGUCCGCUAAAGAAAGUUAAAACGAAAACUGCAUCGAAACAGUCUUCUGCUAGCGAAAGUCAGGAAUCUGAAGAUUGGCCUCUCCCAGAAUUACCACCCCAAGCAGUUUCGAAAUGUGAGUCUUCUGAUCUAAGCAGAAGAAAAUCGAGUGAUUUUGAAGAUUGGCCCUCCCUUCCUUCUAGUUUACUAGAGACACCAAGAGUAGAAAAGGUUCAUAUUUAUUAUAUGAGCAAUGAACCGGAGCAGGCUAUGAAGGUUACUAUUCAAUCUGAAAGCUCAAAAGAUAACUUAGAAUCAGACGAUGAUAGCGAUACUUUAAAUAAUGACGAAGAUUUGGAAAAAGAUAUACAAGAGUCUAAAUCCGAGAAAUCUCCAGAUAAAACUAACAGUGACUCUUUACAAAAAAAUGUUAAAACUAUUCCUUAUGAACAGUCAUCGUAUAUGGUCGAACCACUGGAGAAACACGAUGAAUUUACCUGUCUUAACAAAGACGUUAUACAAAAUUACGAAAAAUCAUGUUUAACCGGUACAUUAGGUAAAGCAACUUGUUUCAUGGGAGAUGUGGGUUCUUGUUGUUCCCGAGCAGAGAAUAAAUCAUUUAAUGUGAAAAGUAAUAUAGAAGAAAUGGUUAUUGUGAGUCAGCCAUUAAAAUCUCCAACAAACCACAGUCCAAGUUUUGAAGAAGAUAACUUAUACACUGACGAUGUUUUUGGUGGAGACAGUAAAUCUUUAUCCCCUGAUUUUGACAAAGGAUUCUCACAAAUAGGCGCUCAAAAAUUUUCAUGCGGGUCUAACAAUUCAGAUACUUCCAUCGAUGAUCUUCUUUCUCAAACUAAUGCCGACGAGACAGUUCGCGUAGUAACAAAGCUUAGUGCUGGCAGUGCGGGUACUUGUAAAAGAUGCAGUCACAGCAGCCAUUCCGAAGAGGAAACCAGUUCUUUUGGCACUGAAUUAGAUGGGACUGUCAAAAUUGGCUUGCCCCCAAAGAAAUGUACUCAUAGUUCUCAUUCUGAAGAUACAUCUAUUUGUUUGAGUAUUUCAGAAUGGUCAACGGGCACUAAUACUGUUCGGCAAUAUGCUAAUCUUUCUGCUUCUGAGAGUAUAUCUGCAAUAUCUAUUCCGAAAAGUGACAGAACCGAAAAUACGACUUCUAAGUUGUUUUCAUCUUCUCAAGUCUGUAAAAAAUCAGAACAGAAAUCAAAGAUGAGCUCUCAAGCAGAAGCUAGUUCAAAAAGCAGUAGUAUUGAUAAAAGUUCGGAUAAUAUUAAAUACGAUAAAUUAUGUAGCUCAGACACUACGGUUUCCAGAAAAGGUAUAGAUAGUAGUUCGGGGACCAAAAGUGAUAGUACUUUAACUUUAGCACAGUCUAUAUCCGAGUGGUCAGCGAGUACUAGUCAUACACUUGUGGCUACCGCUCGCGAAGAUCAGCAAGAGGUAGACGAAACAAAAUCUGAUAAAACCUGCGCCAAAGACUCGCCUUCUGACAUUGAAGUUGAUGAGGAACCAUCGAUUCCUAAGUGUGAUACGGUUAAACCAGAUGAAGUCAAGGAACCUGUUCUUAGAUUAACUGCCUCUUAUACUGGAAAACAUGAGAAAUCUUCUUCGAUAAGCUACAGUGACAAAUCGGAUAAAUCCAGUUCUAGCUCGUUAAGCAGCUUACAAAAACAUGCCAAUGGUAUUUUUAGGUUUGAUCAAAGAUUAAAAGGAUUUCAACAUCCACAGGAGAAAACGCAUGAACGCUAUUCUAAAGCUCCACCAAAAAGCUUAAGUUACGAGGAGCAGACACACAGGUAUGCAAAACCAACAAUGCGUUGUCAAAGUGAAGACAGUGAUUUCAAACCUUAUUCUAUUGAAUCGCAGCCAGAAAUUGAUAUCGAUAUGCCUUCACAGUUAUAUAGCCAAGAAGAAAAGCAUAGCGAACGCUACCAAAGCCAAGAGUUUUCUAAUAUAAUACGGGAAGAUAUUAGCAAUCAGUUCAAUCGGUCCGACUUUAAGCCUUUGGCAAAACAUGCUAGUUACGAUGACAAGACACUGUCAAAAAAUCAAAUAAAAGAAUAUAAAAUAUCACAACAAUAUCGUACUAAACCUAAAAGCUGGUCUUUCCAUGAACAUUAUUUGGCUUCAUCGUCGGAAUUACCUAUAAUUACAGUACCAGAAAUACCGUUAGUACAUAAAGAAUUGCAAGAUAAAAGAUCCUCUGAAAGAUCUGGUAAAACUCCACUUUCAAGAUGUUCCCCGUACUAUUCUAGCAGUCUUAGUUCUGAGUCCCCACCUAUACAACCUUUAAAAGCUCCUGUCAAGAAAUCUCUUUUGGUUAGAAAUAUCUCCCUUAAAAGCCCUCCUAGUGGUAAUGACACAGAUAGUUCUUUAGAUGUGAUUAGGGACCCAAGGGAGAGAAUGAAAACAUUUAGGAGAAAGAAACCAGUCGCGAGUGCACGCAGAAGACAUGAAAAAAUUCAAGAUGUUUUGGAGGAGGAUUCUACCAAAAGCCAAUGUUCUUCAGAAAGUGACAAGCUUCAGGGAGCAAUGUUUUUGACUGUUGAAGAAAAUUUACGACGCAUUGAAAGCUCCGAAUGUUCUGAUAGUUAUUUACCCGAAGUAGAAUCGGGUUCAUCUGAAAUGUCAAAAGGCAAUUCUAAAAAUUAUGAUAUUCAGGAGUCAGUUAGUUACUCUGAAGACGACGAACAAGCGGACUUUGCCGCUAAAUAUAAAAGUGUCCCAUACGAGCCACAAAAGUUUCCCAUAGGUAUAACACCUGUAAAGUUUCAAGGGUUCGGAUCGUCUGCCGAUGAGGACGAAAUGGGAUUUCCACGUUUCGAUCGCUUAGGUCGCCUACGUCAUCCAUAUCUCGAUUCACAAGAACCAUCGUAUGUUCCCGACGAUAGUCCUCCUAGAACUUCCUACUCCAACAAGAGUAGUCGUCAAUCGUCUCUCAAAAAAGCAAAGUCUUCGCCAAUGUUUCGGAAAUCUGAAGACAAAUCGCUCGGCGAAUCUUCGAGCCCACAUCAGUCUCGAUCGAAAUUUUACCAGGAACAAAGUGACAGAGACGACUCUGACGAUUAUGCUUAUCCUGUUGAUACUAUUAAAAGGGCUCCGAAAACAACAAAAUCGGGUAGUUUCAUGUUUGAACGCAAUUCAGUUGCCUAUUCGGAUACAGAGCUUCCCCAAGAUAAAGACGAAUACGAAGAAUACAGGGGUAGUCCGUAUCCGGAGCGUUACGAAGAGAUGGAUAUGUUCCAAACGCAGGAAUGUUACCCGCAGUACGAACACGACGUGCUCGAACGUAGAGAGGGCAGCGAGGAGCGAUUCACGAGGGAUUUGAACCAGCGCUUUAGUCUCAAUAAUGUAGAAAGGUUCUAUUCUAGUCAUUACGUGGACUCGCAGGCCUCCAGCGACAGUCCCGAACAGAAGUUUGACGUGUCCACGCUACCGCCGCCGCUCUGUUCCGAUGAUGACAAUGAAUAAAAUUGAUUUUACCCUUUAAAUCCGU